AUGGGGAUCAUCUUAUUUCAAUUUGUCUUUCUUAUAUUGUUUUCUCAUCUUUUCUAUUUCACUUGCAUAGACUAUCAAUUUGUUUGCUCCGCUGGCACCUCUAAAGUGAGCACUUGCAUUGAAACAAAGAAGAAAGCACUGCUUAAAUUUAAUGAAAAUCUUAUAGAUCAUUCAGGCAGGCUAUCUUCUUGGAUUGAUCAAGAAAAUUACAGUCAAUGGAUUGGUGUAAGCUGUGACAACAAGAUAGGAAACGUCGUAAAGCUUGACCUGAGAAACACAUUUUCAACAAACAAUGAAUUGGGAGGCAACAAUCUCUCUGGAGAUUUUCCUUCGAGUUUGAGAAAUUGCACAAGAAUGAUUAGCAUUGAUCUUAGUAAUAAUCAGUUGUCAAGGUUAAUCCCAACUUGGCUAGGGGAAACAAUGAGAUCACUGUUAAUCCUUAGUGUAAGGAAUAAUAGGUUUUCUGGUCCCAUUCUUUUAAAGAUAUGUAGCUUUUCAGGUCUUCAUAUACUAGACCUUUCAGAAAACAACUUAUCUGGUUCUAUCCCGUCCUGUUUUGGCAAUUUGGAAGCCUUCAAGGUUGAGCUAACCGAUGCAGAAGCUGGACAAUAUCAAGGGACAUUGAAACUUGACUCAAAAGGAAGAAUACUUUAUUAUGAUACUAUCCUUUACCUAGUAAAUAACAUCGAUCUCUCAAGCAACAAUUUAUCUGGAGAAAUCCCAGUACAGAUAACAAGCUUAUACAAACUUGGAGCCUUGAACUUGUCCAGGAACCAUUUGAUAGGAAAUAUACCAACCGAUAUUGGAAAUUUGCCAUGGAUUGAAACCUUAGAUAUUUUAAUAAAUCAACUAUCAAGUCCUAUUCCACCAAGCAUAACUACUUUAGAAUUUUUGACACAUUUGAACUUGUCUUAUAAUGACUUGUCAGGAAGAAUUCCCACUAGCACACAGUUCCAAACCAAAGAUGAUCCAAUAAUUUUCCAAGGAAACGAUGCACCUUGUGGUCCUCCUUUAAAAAAGUGUUUUGAUGAGCGGACUACAACUUCUCAUAGCAGUGCAAAUGAUGAAGAAGAAACAGAUGAUGAAGAUAAACCUGAGAAAAUAUGGUUCUUUCUGUUGUUGGUCUGGGAUAUUUGGUUGGCUUCUAGGUAUUUUUUGGCACUUUGGUCAUCAAGAAAAUAUGGAGAAUAG